AUGAGGAAUACGCAAGCAAAGACAUAUAGCAAGCUUGUGGGGCGCCAAAGAGAACGGAUAGGCAAAGCUCCUGUGACGGUAGACUUUGGAUCAGACGAGGAUAAUAGCGAGGAGGAGAACGAGAAGCUCGCAACCGGACGCAAGCCCGUGGAUAUGCGGCUCAUAAAACAGAAAGCGGCCAAGCUGCUCUCUGUGCGCGAGUCUCUGCCUGUUUAUCAGGUGAAAAAUGAGCUUCUGGCACAGGUCCGCUCUGCCAAGGUGUGCGUGCUGAUUGGAGAGACCGGUUCGGGAAAAUCCACCCAGAUCCCGCAAUUUCUGAUGGACGAGAACAAGAAGGGGAUUGCUGUGACGCAGCCGAGACGAGUGGCGGCCAUCAAUCUUGCAACAAGAGUUUCUGAGGAGUAUGGGUGUGUUCUGGGACGAGAAGUUGGAUACUCGGUGAGAUUCAGCAAUGUUUCUAACCGUCAGACGAAACUGAAGUACAUUACGGACGGUAUGCUGCUGAGAGAGCUGAUGCUGGACCCGAUCUUGUCUAGAUACAGCACGGUGAUUAUUGACGAGGCGCACGAGAGAACUAUUCUGACAGACUUGCUGCUAGGGUUUUUGAAAGAUCUCAUAUUCAAUAAACGAGCAGACGAUGAGUUCAAGGUAAUCAUCAUGUCUGCCACGUUGGAUGCCGAGCGGUUUUCUCAAUUUUUCGAAAACGCACCAAUAUUCUUUGUGGAAGGGCGAAUGUAUCCUGUCGAGAGAUACUAUUUAGGCCAACCUGUGGAAGAUAUAGUGGACACGGUGAUUAAGACGGUUGUUCAACUGAAUCAGACGGAGCCGACCGGAGACAUUCUGUGUUUUCUGGCCGGUCAGGAGGACAUCGACAGAGUGGUAGACACACUGAACAAACUUGCUCCCAUUUUGCCCAAAGAGGCGCCUAUCUUGGUUCCCAUGCCUCUUUAUGCUGCGCUGCCGUCCCACGUGCAGAUGGAGGUGUUUAGACCGGUCAAGACAAAUCAGCGAAAGGUCAUCCUGGCCACAAAUAUCGCCGAAACGUCGGUCACAGUGCCCGGCAUCCGGUACGUGGUGGACUCCGGACUGCGGAAGGUGAAGGUGUGGAGACACCAGCUGGGACUAUCGACGCUUCUCAUAGCACCGAUCUCGAAAGCGUCGGCGGCCCAGCGUGCAGGACGUGCUGGCAGAGAGGCGCCUGGAAAAUGCUACAGGCUGUACCGGGAAACAGAUUAUUUCAAGCUGAGCGACAACACAGAGCCGGAGAUUUUGCGCUCGGACGUGAUCUCGCCGGUGCUCAUGCUGAAAAAGAUGGGUGUGAACGACAUUUUGGGCUGGCACUGGCUUGAAAACCCGGGUCGCGAGAGUCUGGUGGCUGCGUUGCAGCAACUUUAUUCUCUGAACGCUUUGAACGACAGGGGCCAGAUCACAGAGCUGGGCGAGAAAAUGGUGGUUCUGCCUGUCGCGCCUCACUUGGCCGCUGUUUUGAUCCGAGCGCACGGGCUGGGGUGUCUAGGUCCCGUCAUAGACAUUGUGGCGUGUCUUUCCGUGGACAAUCUGCUUAUGUCUCCUCCGAGCGAGAGAAGAGACGAAGUGAACGAGCGCAGGAAGGAUACGUGCAAGCUAGGCACUAUUUACGGCGACCUUUUGAUGCUGAAAGAGCUGUUCGACCUGUAUACCUCUCUCGCUGACAAUACAGAGCGCAAGGAAUGGUGCAAACAACUGUGCAUUAAUUUCAAAGGUUUCAAGGACGUUCUGCGUGUGCGCAGACAAAUCGCGGAAUACAUGGGUAUGCUGAAGAUGCACGAGGGCGACAGUUCGCUCGAUGCGAAGCUCGUGCUCAAGGCGUUUCUCUCCGGAUUUCUAACCAACACAGCCAUCGGAAUGUCCGAUAGAAGCUACCGCACAGUGGCCACUGGCGACCUGGUCAGUGUGCACCCGUCGUCGCUGCUAUUUGGCCAGCGGAAGCCGGCAAUCAUGUACAUCGAGGCUACGCACGGGCAGUCUCCAUGA